AUGGAUCAGGUUUGCGAAAUGGGAUUAAAGGAGUCGCAAAUUAAUGAAGUUUCAUUACUUGUAAAGAAGUAUGUGGAGACAAUUCCCAAAAAUGAGGGCAGGUCUACCGUUCGGUUCCGUUUGCCUUACCAAGAAACAAGUGGACACGAUGCUCGUGGUGAUGCUGUUGCUUUGGUAGUUGAACAUUUGCAACCGUGGGGAUUUUCAAAUUCUGCAUCGUAUACUCUGGCUUAUUCAUUUGUGGACAAAUAUGCGAAAGAACUGAAAACUUCUGAAGUUCCAUUUGACGAGAAUUAUUACUGUGCAAUUGAUGCUUCUGUUUGGUGUCCCGAUGUUAUACAUUAUUUGGAUAUAUAUCUUAAGAAUUUAGCUGACAAUUUGGACUUGCUACCUAAAUUUGAAACAAAUUCGGAUGAUUUAUUGUAUUCGUAUUAUGCUCAUAAAAAUCGUCGACCUAAAAUGGAAGAUCGUGCCGUUAUUUUACCGUCGCUUUGUGUGAUUGAACCAGCAAAGGGAGAUACUCGUAAAGAGGACUCUUUUUUUGCUGUGUUUGAUGGACAUAAUGGAAUAGAUUGCGCAAAUUAUGCAAGCUCCCAUUUUGCAAAAUGUCUUGUUGAGACAACUCAUUAUGCUGAUGGCCAAAUUGAGGAAAUAAUGAAAGAAGCUUUCACUAAUCUCGAUAAGAGACUCACUGCUCGAUGCAAAAAUGAUAAUAUAAAAGGUGGUACUACAGCUGUUUGCGCAUUUCUUCGAGAUCGGAAAUAUUUAUGUUUAGGAUGGUGUGGUGAUUCUUCAGCUGCUGUAUUACGGAAAGAUGGAGUGCGAACAUUGUCAUCAACUCAUUCACCAGAUGUCCCAGCAGAAGUGCGACGAGUGGAAGAAGCUGGUGGUAUUGUGCUGUCAGUGAUGGGUGAACUAAGAGUAAAUGGAGUUUUGAAUAUAACUCGUGCAUUAGGUGACAUUGAUGGGAAGCCAGUGAUAUCGUCUGAACCAGAUGUAAUGUCAUUUAGGCUCGAUAAUUCAGAAUAUCUUUUAUUACUGUCUUGUGAUGGUGUAUGGGAAACAUUUAAUGAAAGUGAUAUAUAUGGUCACAUUGUCCACUUUGUCCGUAAUAACAGUGUUGACAAUUAUGAAAAAUUAGCGGAGUUUAUUGUUGACCAAGCAAGGGAAUCAGGAACAAGCGACAAUUUAACGAUGAUCUGUGUGUUCUUGAGGCCUGUUAAAGACUUGUGGGAAUUAUUUGCUAAUGAAAGCUAA